AUGAGAAUUAGGGACAAUUAUGGGAGGACACCAUUGCACAGCGCAGCCGGAAAGGGGCGUGAUCCUCUUGUCCUGCUAAUGGUUGAGAAAGGAGCGGGCAUCGAGGCCAAGGAUCAUAGUGGACAGACACCACUCCAGCUGGCCUCCGCUGCAAGGCAUGCAUCGGUGGUUCGGACAUUGAUUGGGAAGGGAGCUGAGAUCAUAGCCCCCGCCAAGAGUGGACAAACUUCAUUGCACAACGUAGCAUUCAAUGGCCAUGAAGAGGUGAUCAAGGCUCUGGUGGAGGAGGGAAUCGAUAUCAAUAUCUUGGACCAUGAUGGAGAUCCACCAUUACACAACGCAGUGGUAAAGGGAUAUCUAGAAACCACUCUGUUGCUAAUCAAGCUCAGCACCAGUAUUUCGAUUAAGAAUCAAGAUGGCCAAACAGCCUUGCACUGGGCGGCGCAUAGCGGGAGUGAGUCUGUGACCCAGACCCUCAUAAACCUUAGACCCGACAUGAUCUCGGCAACGAACGUCGACGGUAAAACACGAUUACAUUGGGCAGCGUAUAGGGGGAAUGCGGGAUGUGUCAGAUUGCUAAUAAUAGGGGGAGCCGAUAUCUCAACUCUUGAUGGUAAUGGACAAACGGCAUUAAAAGUUGCAUCGGAGAAUAGGCGGAUGGCGGUAGUCAGACUUCUGGAGUAG